AACUGGGCUCUAGUACGCAGCUUUGACAAGAUGAUGUUUUAGUUCAACGAGUUGAAAGAAGUUUACCUUUUUACUGUAAUUCAGUUUUUUCCCAGCAAAAGUUGAUUAUAAAAAAGAAUAAGGGAGAUGAACGCCCGUGCUAUUCACUAAUGGCCUCGAAUCACUCACAGAAAGACCAGUUUUAUGAUAAUAUUGACGACAGUGACGACCAAGCUGUACCUGAUGUGAUUACAAAAUACAGCAAAAAAAAAUCGUCAAAUGAACGAGAUCUUGGCUCCGGAGGAUUCACAAAAACUCGAUAUAAACUAGAGAGAAAGGAUGAAGCUUCCAGCUCUUUACUUAAUGAAGGCCGUUCRUCAUCAGCAAGUUUUAGCACAACAGCUUCAGUUGAGUUUGGAUCUGAAGAAAAUAUUGAUGAAUACAAAUCAGAGCAAUUGUUUUGGUUACGACAUCCAAGAGUCAGAGAAAAUUGUAAAACUGUUACUGCUGCAUUUUUAUUGUUCCUUGCAGGAUUUGUUUUUCUCAUUGCUGGAAUAGCCCUUGCUUCAGUGCAACAAGAUGAGGAAAACAAUCACAAAGCAAUAAUAUUUUUUGUAUGUGCUGCUAUUUGCAUCAUCCCUGGAGGAUACCAUAUUAUAUACAUCUACAGGGCUACAAGAGGAGAAAGGGGCUAUAACUUUGAGAGUAUUCCAUCAUUUAAGUAAUGAUCUAUGUACAUAUUAAUUUAUUAAUAAGACCUUGAAGUUCCUGCAUAUGAUACAUUUUUUCAUAGUGGUAUAAAUAAUUUAUGUUCUAUUACAUUUGGGGAAUCUCUAUUAUUUUUUUGAAAUGUGCAAAAAAAUAAAGAAUUUACAUCAUUG